AUGGCAUCAUCUGCAAAUGUACAUGAUUUUACUGGUGACUGUGAUGAUGGAAUCAGUGAUAAUGAAAGUUUGGAUGCAACUCUUAAAGAUGAAAUAGCAGGGGGUAUGAACAUCACUCAAAAUGAUGAGUUUCACAAUUUUCUAUGUGAUAAUGGCAAGCUGUCGAAUUCAUUUGCUGAAACUCUUGGGCAUAAAGAAGAAUCAGGUGGGUCACAAAGUAUACCCGAGGCUGAUGAUGAUGAAGAAGAGAUUGAAUAUGAAUUUCCCGUCCAUAAGCCAAAGACUAAAUGGAGUCUUAUGAAACCAAUAGAAAAAGAAAUAUAUGAGAGCCCACAACAACUGAAAUUUGCUUUGACCAAUUUUGUGGUAGCAAAUGGGUAUCCUCUAUGA